AUGAUGGCCAAGACUCUACUGAUAUUAUUGCCGAUAUUUCUGCCUUACGUAUGUGUGCUAAGUUUUCCAAAAAAGAUUCCGAUAGCAGGGCUAUUCGAUCAAGAUGAAGAAAUCCAACAGAUGUUCGAAUUGUCAGUAAGAGCUGUGAAUGAAAAUGAGGACCAAGAACUUUCAAAUGUAUUCUUCGAACCGGAAAUAGAGCAGAUUGAAGGGGACUCAUUCGAAGUAUCAUCGAAAGUAUGCGAACUGCUAGAUCUGGGAAUAGUAGGUGUUUUUGGACCUCAGGAAAAAGUAAUUGCCGAGCACGUGCAAAGUAUAUGCGAUAUAGUAGAAGUACCACAAAUCUCUGUACGAGAGGAUCUUGACCAAUCUUUCCAACCACGCGGAAUAGCUCUGAAUCUGUAUCCGCAUGUGAGCUCAUUAUCAAGAAUUUAUUAUCAAUUAGUCACAGAAUUGAAAUGGAAAUCCUUUGCAAUACUGUAUGAGAACACUGAUAGUCUGAUUCGCAUGCGUCUCUUGCUGAAGCGAUGGAACACAAAUGCCAAUUCUGCAUUUAUAUAUCAUUUAGGCUAUGGACCGAAUUACAGGCAAGGAAUGCAAGAAAUUAAAACAUCGAAGGACAUAGAAAGUAUUGUCAUCGACUGUUCAUACGAAAUUCUCGAAGAGGUUCUGAAGCAGGCUCAACAAGUUGGGAUUUUAUCCGACAAGUACAAAGUCAUUGUCACCUCGCUAGAUCUGCAAACUUUGGAUUUAGAGCCAUAUCAGUUUUCUGGCGUUAAUUUAACUGGCAUUCGUCUGAUUGAUCCGGAAGAUCCGACAGUGCUACAAAUCGCGAACAGGCAUAAGAACGAACGAGAAAACAAUUCUUCACAGCUGCGAGUUGAACAUGCGCUCAUGUACGAUGCAGUUCAAUUGUUUGCGAGAGCUUUCAAACAAUUGAAGGAUGCUACAAAGGUCAAUGUCAACAAAUUGUUGAAAUGCGAUGGUAAUAGCAGAUGGGAACAUGGAUUGAGUUUAAGCAACUUUAUGCGAUCGACUGAAAUAAGAGGUUUAACGGGUCUUGUCAAAUUUGAUAGAGACGGUUUACGAAGUAAUAUAAAAUUGGAUAUCGUACGUUUGACUGAAAAAAAGGGUCUGAUAAAAAUUGGUGAAUGGAAUAGUACAGCAGGGGAAAAUAUCGAAUGGUUUCCAGACAUCAGUACUCAAAAAUCAGACUCUAAACUGAACAUACAAAAUAAGACAUUUAUAGUUUUAAUAUCAAUAACGGCCCCAUAUAGCAUGAUAAAAGAAUCGAUGGAUACAUUGAGUGGUAAUGAGCGUUAUGAAGGUUUCGCAGUCGACAUCAUACAAGAAAUUAGUCAGAUACUUAAAUUUAAUUUUACUUUGCAAGUGGAAAGUAGCGAUUAUGGCUCUUUAAAAAAUGAAAAGUGGACUGGUAUGCUUGGAAAAAUUAUGGCUGAUGAAGCAGAUUUGGCUAUCACGGAUCUCACUAUUACAUCACAACGAGCAGAACAUUUCGACUUUACAACGCCCAUUAUGAAUUUAGGAAUUAGCAUAUUAUAUAAAAAACCAAAAAAAGCACCUCCGAGUUUAUUUUCAUUUUUAUCACCAUUUUCUAACGAUGUCUGGAUUUAUUUGAUUGGCGCAUAUGUGAUAGUAUCAUUGUUACUCUACAUAAUUGGGAGAAUAUGUCCUGCAGAAUGGAGCAAUCCUUACCCUUGCAUUGAAGAACCCGAAGUACUUGAAAAUCAAUUUUCCUUUAAAAAUGCCUUUUGGUUUGCGAUAGGCGCCAUUAUGCAACAAGGUAGCGAAAUAGCACCCAUUGGCAUUUCAACAAGGAUGAUUGCAAGCUGCUGGUGGUUCUUCUGUCUUAUAAUGGUGUCAAGUUAUACAGCCAAUCUAGCGGCAUUUCUAACUGUAGAAACUGUAACAUCGCCUUUUGAUAAUGUUGAAGAAUUAGUAAGAAAAAAAACUAUUAAAUAUGGCGCAAAAAGCGGGGGAGCCACGCUCAAUUUUUUCGGAGGAAACAAUAUCACAUUAUACGCAGAAAUGUACAAAUACAUGAUGGAAAAUAAGAAAGAAGUACUAGUCGAGACAAAUGAGGAAGGUUUAAAAAAAGUCCAAAGAACUGAUGAUUACGCUUUUCUUAUGGAAUCUGCUUCAAUUGAAUAUUUGAUAGAAAGAAAUUGUGAUGUGACGCAAGUAGGAGGACUCUUAGACGAAAAGGGAUAUGGCAUAGCAAUGAAAAAGAACUCUCAAUAUCUACACAGCAUAAAUUCUGCUAUUUUAAUGUUAUCGGAACGGGGCAUUAUUCAACAAAUUAAGACAAAAUGGUGGACCCAAAGAAAAGGUGGUGGCAUAUGUCAAGAAAGCGCUGGAACCGGUUCAGCGGAACGACUAGGUCUUGGCAAUGUGGGUGGCGUAUUCUUGGUACUCACCGUAGGCGUUGCCUUAUCCUGCGUAUACACUAUAUUUGAAUUACUUUGGGAUGUUGCCCGAAUAUCCAUUCGAGAAAAUGUGUCUUUUAAGGAAGAAUUAAUAAAUGAACUAAAAUUUAUCGUGAAAUGCAGUGGCUCUAAACAGGUACGAAAAAAAAGUGAAUCAUCCAGCAAAAACGAAAAUGACAGUACAAGAGGAUGUACUCCUCCAUACGGUUUUGUGCCAACAGUAAUAAGAACGUCACCAAUUGACAACAAAUAA